AUGAACGUCGAUGAGGAAGCGCUUGCGCAUUGUUUUAGCGUAGAUCAGCGAACUGCGGAGUGCGGAAGGGGGAGAUCUUUUAAAUAUGAACAAGUGUUAAAUGUCAGGGUUGGAAUUCUAGAGUUUAAAAUAAAGGUAUUCGUAAGAAAAUUAGCAGCCCUAAGUGUGUUUAACCCGUUGCGUGGUGCAACGUGCGGGCAGGGGCAGGAAGCCGCAGGACAUCCGACACGUACAGGAAGCGAAACCAGUUCCAGAGCCUUUGUCCCUCAGCUCCCGCCGCAUCCCGCACUCCGAGGACCCAGUUCGACAACAUUCCUCCACUACCUCUGCGCUUGCGCAGCGCUCAGAUUCUAUAAAUCAGAUUGUCCGCAAUCCCACUUCCGCGUAGCUCAUCCCGCUGCGCGACCUAGGCUCCCGUUAUCAACGGGCCCGUUACGUGACGCGGCUGACCCGGAUCCAAUGCGACGCCACGCACCUAGCCGAUUCAGUGGAAAAACGCCUGUCUCAUCCAUGUCACGAUACCCAGCCACUGCAAAUAGAGGUAUGGAUAGUCCAACUCUCACACCAAACAGCAAUAAACGUGACGCUGUACGCAUGCCACGGUGUUUUAUGAGACCAGAGCUUUACCAAGCGAGGUGGAAGGCACCAUGUUCCGUGAAAAAUGUCGCGGCUCCAUGA